AUGUGGGGGAAGCUGACUCUUUGGCCACUGCUUUUUGCGUGCCCAGCCCCGUUUGCCCAGUCUGCCCGCCUCUGUGAUCCCCCGCGGCACCGGCUGGAAGUCCUCCGUGCGUCAGUGAGGAGCUGCUGCAGAAGAAGGAAGAAGCGGCGUGGGGACCUGGGAGGCAGGAGCGAGCAAGAAGAGGAAGCCGAAGCGUGCAGAUGCGGGGGGGAAGGAGAGAGGCACUCUGGGCAAAGCACCUGUCCCGUUAGCGGGGGCACAGUCACAUUUGAGUUGAGCGUUGCCGGCGCCUUUGGUGACCUGGCCGCCUUUGUGCUGGGCGACCUCCCUGUAAGCAGGGCUCGGGUCUUUGCUGUAGUUGGCCUUUUGCCUUGCUGCUCCUUUGGCUGCCUGGGGAGCGUGGCCCCCUGUAACGCAGGGCGAGAGCCACCUCUCCGCACCCGAGUGGGAAAUGGAGCUCGCCGGACCCCAAGGCCACCCUGUAAGCAGGGUAGUGCCGUUUCCCUGCCCCUCUUCCUCCUCCGGCCCCUCGGCAUCGUUGCCUGGUGGUGGCCUGUCAAUGCGACGGCCCUGUACUCGGGGUGUGCGUCGAGGCCUUUGUCCUUUGGCUUUACCUGCGAAGCCCCUUGGCACGUUGAGGUCUGUGGCCUCCGUGCAGGCUAGGGACAGGUCACAGGCUCUUGUCUGUUGCCCGUGGCUGUGGGUUUAUUCCCAGGGUUUGGCUGCGCUGCGUUGUCCUUCCCUUCUGGAAAGUCGUGCCUGUGUGUGUGUGUUGCCCUUCCUUUCCUUGUUUGUGUUUGUGGAGUGACUGUGCGACUGAGCUUUCCCUUUAGGCCCCCACAAAAAUGGCUGCAGCUUAGCUUCGACUUCCCGGGGGGGAUUGGAGGACUUUGGCGCAUGCCGCAAAAGGGGUGUUCCCUCUUAGUCCCACGAGCGCAGCGAGUGUCCUGUCUUCCUCCUUUUUACUUAGUACAGAUCAGAGCCACAUGAUAGCUCUGUGGCUGAGGCCACCCUGUAGGCAGGGCUUGGGCCUGUCCUUGCGUGGCCGCCUGUUCUGCUGGCGGCGUGACAGCCCCGUACUCGGGGUGUGUGUCCCAA